CGCUCCCUCUGAAGGCGUAGCCCGUCGUUUUCAAUGUGUUUCAUGCAUGAGCUCCCAAAAUAAAACGGAAGAUGACCAGAACAAAGUGCAGGUGAACAGAUUUAGCUAUUUUUUACUUUAGUGAAAAUGCAUCCGGUAUACAGAUAAAACAGCAAGCUCAAAGCUAGAUCUGUCUUAAUUUGGAAAUAUAAUUGAACUUUGGCACAUUGAAUCGCUGACAUAGGCGAAUGAGUUCACUUUCACCAGUUACUUGGAAGCUUGGCGAACCUGAAAAUACAGAUUAGAUUGUGCAAUAAAAAAUAAUGGCUACCAAACGUCGACCAUUGCGUACAAGCUUGCCCGGUCCAAGUUCUUCUAACAUGAAUUUCAGACCCGGUGGUCCAGACGUCAAAAGGGCAGAAGCAAAAGGCACCCGCCCCACAGCUGCCCCCAGCAGCGUUAGAGAAAUAUUUAUUAUGAUGGUUAUGCACGUUUGCAAAAAAACUCUAUUCUUUGAUACAAAUCUAAAGAUAGCGUUGUAUUUAGGAAGUUUGUUCCUGGUGUCGCUGAUUGGUGAUUUCAUACCAUUUCCGAAAACAUAUUUUGCUCGUUCGGAUAAUUUAUUCAAUUUAUAUUUUGUGAAAGUCGGUUGGGGUUGGACGCUAUUGCUAACAGUGCCUUUUCUCGCUAUGACAUCGUACACUUUGUGCUGCGGUGAUAUGAAGAAGAUGAUGCAACAUCAUGUACCUCGAAUCGCUAUUGCAACUUUCUUUUGGUUUUUCUGGACUAAAAUGUUCAAUAUCAUUGAAACUUCAUACGGCCGUUGCACAGUAAAAGGAUUCGGAACAAAAUCUGCUUGCCUUAAGGCUGGAUACUUAUGGAACGGAUUUGACAUAUCAGGACACGCAUUUAUUUUAAUACACUCGAGUCUAGUCCUUAUCGAAGAAGCUCGCCCCAUCAUAAAGUGGGAGUCCAUCAAAGAUUUCCUACGCAAUGAAAUGCACGAUCGUAGCGUUUCAGAGCAUUCAAGCACAAAUCCAUUGAGAAAUCUAACUGAAGAGCAAAUACGUAAUCUUAAUUUUCUUUAUGAUCGACUAACACCAAUCAUAAGGACCUUGUUUAUUGGUAUGGCUACACUGCAGUUAUUAUGGGACAUAAUGCUAGUUGGUACCAUGCUUUAUUAUCAUCACAUGGUAGAAAAAGUAAUAAGUGGUAUAAUUGCCAUACUUACUUGGUACUUUACCUACCGCUUCUGGUAUCGUACGAAUCUGUUGCCAGAUCCAGCUGGUAGUGGGUCAUUCUUUUAUCAACGAGACAACAAAGAUUCCUUUGCUUAUGCGCGACGUCCGACAAUGAUGACAGCAACAGGGCCUUCGACAAGCGCUGGUAGUCGUAUGAAUAUGGCUGGAGGGAUACCGCCUACAUUUAUGGGCAUGCCAAUAUAUACCAACCCACGUGCAGCAAAUUUAGCUGGCAGCAGUAGUCAAAUCGGCACAAACAAACAAGAUCUGGACAUGAAUACAUAGUGAUGUCCCUAAGUUACUUAAAAGAUACUUGUUUGUGUGUAAAAUCAUUGUUUUUAUCGUUUUUGUUGUUUAGUGAUAAGAUAAAAAUUGUAAAUGGUCCAAAUGGUACAUAUUGAGGCUUAUUAAGGAGGUAACGGCGAAUUGGAAUUGUAGUCACUAAGUUCGAAAUAUGUAUUUAAUAUUGAUUCUUGAAUCGAAUGUUGUAAAUCCUUUCUUAUAUGACAAGAAACUCUAGUAGAUCACCUAUUUUUCUACGCUUUAAUCAGCUAAUAACAUAAAUUCCUUUUACUACUUCCAUUGUAACACUGGGGUUUUUAUUAAAACUUGCUGAAAGUGGCAAGUAAAUAUACCCUUUAAAUUUUUAUAUUUUAUUUUGUCAAGCAUAUUUUUUCGAAAAC